UGCCAGCGCGCACACUUUCACGCGCCCAGCCCUCCUCUGCUCCUAGCCUCUUCGCCUCGCGCUACAGCUCGUAGACUCAUCCCUCCUAACAACACCUCUCGGUCGGGACUAUCAUUCAGAGACGGCGGGCGGCAGCAGCUCUGUAAACACACCGGGAACUUGUCAGCUGCUCCGGGUCAACAACACAGGGACGAUAAAAACAAACAAACAAAGAAACAAAAGUUGCGUUCUGUGAAAGGAAGCACGUCGGCUGCUGUUCCUUCUAUCACUGGUGGUUUCUAGGAGCACUUUAUUAACGAGCUAACUACACCGGCACCUUACGGGCCAGGCAGAAGAGAGCAGAAGCAAACAGCCGAAAAGGGAACCAAGCAGGGCGGUUCUUUUACUGGGUGAAGAGAUGGCAUCUACUGACUCGCGGCUCCAUCAGCCUCCCUCGCAGAAAGACGCGGCCGACCAAAACUUUGACUACAUGUUCAAGCUGCUGAUCAUCGGCAACAGCAGCGUUGGAAAGACCUCCUUCCUGUUCCGCUAUGCCGACGAUUCCUUCACCCCCGCCUUCGUCAGCACCGUGGGCAUCGACUUCAAGGUCAAAACCGUCUUCCGCAACAACAAGCGGAUCAAGUUGCAGAUUUGGGACACAGCAGGACAGGAGCGCUACCGUACCAUCACCACAGCGUACUACAGAGGAGCCAUGGGCUUCCUGCUCAUGUAUGACGUCUCUAACCAGGAUUCCUUCGGUGCGGUGCAGGACUGGGCGACACAGAUCAAGACGUACUCAUGGGACAACACUCAGGUCAUCCUGGUCGGUAACAAGUGUGACCUUGAGGAUGAAAGGGUCAUAGCCACAGAGGAUGGCCAGCGACUGGCUGAGGAGCUCGGCUUCCGUUUCUUUGAGGCCAGCGCCAAGGACAACAUCAACGUCAAGCAUGUGUUCGAGUGUCUAGUCGACGUCAUCUGUGACAAGAUGAACGAGACCAUGGAGGAAGAGAGCAACCUCACAGCCAAUCACACGAACCCCCAGGGCUUUAAAGACUCUUCAGAAAGCAACGGUGCCUGCGCCUGCUAAGCAGCGGGCCAUUAUAGAACAUCUCCAAACACACACACACACACUGAUAUGAAGAACAACUUCCACUCUGUGCCUGGACUGUGGAAAAGGCUACAGAGGCAGUUAGCUAAGAGGCUAACUGGCUAAGUGGCUACCUUAGACGAUCUAGGUUUGGCCUCUCCAACCGGGCUGUUUCCUGUCAAACGAAGCGUUUCUUUCUAUCUCUGUUCUUUUUCUUAUAACUUAUAACUGUGUUCUGAAGCCUCUCCUGGGCCAAUAAGCAUUUAAUAUUUCCAGUGCCUGCUUUGUGGAUUUGGUUUUCUAACCAUCAGGAAACCACCGCACACCAAUCUAAUGAUUGACACAUCCAACAACACUUGUACCAGAAUAAGAUAUUUGCUAUACAUUUUAUUUAAUAUAUAUUUUACAUUAUAGGAAAAAAACUGAAACCUCAUCAUGUACCAAAGUCACUUUACCUUAUGGAUUUUAACAUCUGCCAAUAUAAGAUUUGCAUUAAUUUCAUGAACCUGUAUCUGUUUUUUGUUGGGUUUUUUUUUUGUUUGUUUUUCUUUUUACACAAAAUGUGGAUCAAAUACAAUAAAUGUACAGAUGUAGAUAAAUCUGUUGGCACCUAUGGUAAAGCUGAGUAUGAAAAAUUAAAUAAAAUCUUUUAUCACAGCAAAAA